GCUUGAGAAAUGGCUAAAUUCAGUGGAGGUUACGAUUACGAUUUUGUAGAUCAGCCCCCCAAAUCUUUGGAGUGUUCAAUAUGCCUUUUGACGCCACGAGACUCCAUGGUCAUCAGUUGCUGUGGUAACCACUUUUGUGACCCUUGCAUUGGUCGAAUCAAGAGUAACAGAAAGCCUUGUCCUCUCUGCAAUUCUCCAGACUUCACGACACUUCUCCACAAGGGUGUGGCCCGAGAGGUGAAUGCCCUGAGGGUGUAUUGUCCCAAGAAGGCCCAGAGCUGUAACUGGCAAGGGGAGCUAGGACAAGUGGAUCACCACCUCAACCCCACGGCUAACUCUAGGGGAUGUGGCUUUGUCAUGAUUGAGUGCAAGUAUAAGUGCAGGGAAAAGUUCGAGCGACGAGCGAUUGCUUUUCAUGAGGCUGACAAUUGUGCUAAUCGACCAAUGGAAGUACAGGUGGCUUUUCUUGCUAGAAAAUUAGAAAUGCUAGCUACCGAGAAUAGAGAAAUUAAGAAUAAAGUGACAGCACUUGAGGCUGAAAAUACGUUAUUGAAACAGCAAAUGGAAGCUAGACCGCUACCACCAGUACCUCCGUUCUACUUUACCGUGUACAACUAUCGGCAAUACAAGAAAGACAACUGUACAAUAAUGAGCCCACCAUUUUAUUCUCAUCCUAAAGGCUACAAAAUGAGCUUACAAAUAUACCCGAACGGAUCCAACACUGGAACGAAUACUCACAUGUCAGUGUAUGCUUUCAUAAUGAGAGGGGAAUUUGAUGAUACGCUUCAGUGGCCAUUCACAGGAAGAGUCACCGUAGAUAUAUACAGCUACAAGUUAAAGAAAUGGACUCAAAUACAAGUAUUCAAUUUCAAGGAAUACCCUAUUGAGAGGGGAUAUGACUGUGUCAUAAGCGAUGGUAGUGGGUAUCAUCUAUUUUUUCCACAAGACCAAGUUGAAACAGAGUACAUGUUCAAGAAUGGAAGUUAUACAUUUGUUUGCUUUCGAGUAAAUCGUGUGGAAUUAGUUUGA